UAUUUACUCAGUAUUUACUAUUUAGUCAAGUCACUUUCAGAGAACAGAAUUUAUAUAGGUUAUGUGUGUUGUGGUUAUUAAUCUGAUAUAAUUAUUAUAAAAAAUACCCUUUAGUAAACGGCAAUGGCAACAUAUUUUGGAGAAAUAAUUGAACCAAACUCAAGAUGUUUUGUAACAGAUGGAGAGGAAUGUUCGAUUGAGAAUAGGUACUCUCUUGAGUCUGACAUUGUAACUACUGAUGAGGAAGUACAAACACAUGAGUAUGUCUUAGUUGCCUGUGGAAAAAUUAUGCACGAUUUUGUCACGACUUUCUUGGUUUCCAAUCACACCAAGGUUGUUGAAAAAUACAGCAUAGUGCUUAAACCAAGUGACAGUGACAAGUAUACAAAGAAGAAAAUGACUUAUACAUUAUACAACUUGACAGCGAACACAUUGCUGUUUGUGUGUGAACAACUGCCACAUCUUUACUUUGCCAACAGUUUAUUAGUUAAGUUGAAACCUUGGAUUGAAAAGGCGAAACAUACAAUAUUGCUGACUACUGAUCACAUGUCCAAUUUCAAACCUAGAGGAGGAUUGCAGCCAUUUAUGAGGAGUUUACGUACAAAUUGUUGCACUAUGAAAGUUGAAUCACCAAAUUUGGAACUGCCGAACACAAUAUCAGGACUGCCUGCUGCCGUGAUGUCAUGGUGCCAAGGUCACAAAAAGAGUGCUGUGGUAUAUACAGUAUACGUUGAGUCCCCACACUUAGACUCCAUCAUUGCUGAGCCACUCCUUCACUUAAUGAAAACACCACAUUUAUGUCACCUUCCCAUCUCUCAGGAUACUAACAAGCUACAAGUUAUCAUUCACAAUGCCCAGCUACAAAACUCGAAUUUGUACUUGUAAAAUAUAUAUUAAACAGUUA